CGGGUCGCAUCCACCUGUCACGCCACUAAGUAAAGGUCUAGCUACAUUGUCUAACUAUUCGAUAUAGUCUACACACUCCAGCUUGCUAACUGGUCGAGGUCAUUAUCACUACGUGUAAGCUCUUUCCUUAAGCAAAGUUUAAAUAUUUAGCCACAACCUCAAUCAAGCCGAGCAGCAUCCUCGUGCGGCAGGGCUUGGCGUUCCUUGCAAGGUUGAGUCCAUCAUUAUCGGCUUAUUAGUUACUAGUUUCGCCGGUCAAGUCCCUUUUCGGACGUCGUGUCGGCAACAAGACGGGCAACUCUACGGCGCCGAGGGACUUGGCACCCUUAGGCGUACAGCUCUUCUUCCCCCGUUUUCAGCAUGGAGUACUACACCGCCGGCAAAGGGGACAUUGCUUAUGCUGUGGACAACCAUGAAAGGCAGGACAAGCAGCAAGGCUUCCUGAAGGGCCUGCUGGGCAGCAAGGAUGAAGGCAAGCGUGCCGCCGCCAAGACUCCCUCCCCGCCCACUGCUUCCGUCCCCAAGAAGUUCAUGGACAUGAUCAGUCCUCUGCUCCUGGGAUCCUCCAACAGCAGCAGCGCUGCCAGCAGCCCCAUUGCCCAGCAGCGCCCCAAGUCCCCGGCUCCCCCCGCAGCCAACACGGCCUUCUCCAAGGCCGCCGCAGCCAUCCACAACGCAGCACCUCAGGGCUGCGGCGGUGACGGCUCGGACCAGCAGAACAUGGCCCGCGCCGUGAGCUACAACAGCGGCCUCACCGAGUACGUCAACAAGAUGAAGAUCUCGGAGGCUGGCGCUCCCGGCGCCCCGGACGCUGCCGCUCCUGCCGGCACCGCUGCCGGCAAGCGCAGCAAGCUCUCCAACGAGAGCACCCUCUCCAACAGCUCCUCCCUGUCCGCCAUGUCAAUCCAGUCGAGCCGCUCCGCAGGCGCCCCAGUCGCCCCCAUGCCGCACCUCACCACCACGCAGCCCGGCCUCGUCCACGUCAACCCGCCGCCGCACGUCCACGCCCACCACGUUUCCCACGCGCACAGCCACCAUGCGGGCCAGCCGCAGCAGCCGCAGCCCACCAACUCUGCCGGCAACUCCCACGCCUACGCCUCCAACCUGGAUCGCCUCCUGGAGGCUGCGCGCUACUGCCAGCUGCCGCAAUCCGGCCGGCCGCUGCAGCCCAUGCCCGCCGACCCUCUCGCCAACCCCCACCACGGCCCCACCAUCCCUCUGGUGGUCUCGCCCAACCUGCCUCCGCGCAUGCAGCGGGCCCAGUGGCGCCUCACGGACUACCAGCUGGGUGACAAGCUCUACACGGGCUACGCCAGCACGGUGUACAAGGCGGUGUGCCGCGCCUCGGGCGAGGUGGUGGUGCUGAAGAUCUACCACCUCAUGUCGGUGUGCGACCUGUACAAGUACCAGAUCUACCGCGAGGUCCGCGUGCACUCGAGCCUGUGCCACGAGAACAUCGUGCACCUGUACGCGGCAUUCCAGGAGGGCGACAAGGUCAUCCUGGUGCAGGAGUAUGCUGACGGCUCGGACCUCUUCACGCUGCUGCACAAGUACGGCGGCCGCCUGAGCGAGCGCCUUGCCGUACAGCUAGUCCUGGAGCCCUUCCUGCGGGUGCUGCAGUACCUGCACAGCCGCGCCAUCAUCCACCGCGACAUCAAGCCGGAGAACAUCCUCUUCAACAAGGCCAUGUGUCUCAAGCUGGGUGACUUUGGUCUGGCCAUUGACCUGCGGGAGGAGCGCGCCGUCACCCGUGCCGGGACGCUCGACUACAUGGCGCCGGAGGUGCUCCGCUGCCCCUUCAAGUCCCGCCCCGAGGAGAACAAGGACAACGAGCGCCUGCACUACUCGGCUCGCGUGGACGCCUGGGCGGUCGGCGUGCUGACGUACGAGCUGCUGGUGGGCUUCCCGCCCUUCUUCGACCAGUCGCGCACCUCGACAGAGGACCGUAUCGUGCACUCCAUGCCGGCAUUCCCCGCGGGCAUGUCGGAGGAGGCCAAGGCCUUUGUCUCGGUGGCGCUCUCGAAGCACGCGGCUGAGCGGCCAACCAUCCUGGAAAUGCUGCACCACCCCUGGAUUGCCCGCUUCUCCUCACGGCGAAGCAUGCGCGCAAUUCCCGGCGUCGCAUCGCCCCUGACGUCGCCCUCUGCGACGACGCCCCGUCGCCCCGCGCCCGUCGCCGCAGCUGUGCAGCAGUCGUCGCUCCAAAGCCCCAGCAGCGGUCCAGUGACGCCGCUGCGGCCCCCGGCUCCCGUCCCCGCCACCCCCGCCAACGCCUACCCGACCCUUGGGUCACUCCUCAGCAACAAUGUGCCCACGGUGGACGUGAGCAAGCUGCAGCAGCACCACCACCACCUUCACGGGUCUCCGCAGUCUACGCUCAUCAUGAAGUCGAGCAGCGAGAGCUCUGAAACGCUCAACUCGCGCUUCUCCCACAGCAGCAGCAACGCUUCCAUGCAGAUGUAAGGUGGCGCCAAAUUUUGACUUGGAAGAGUCUUGAGGCGGCCGUGGAGAGCGUGUGGAGCUAGCGGCACUCGUGCGAGCGUAGACGGCGGGAUAAAGGGCUGAUGUGACAGCACAGCAAGAGCAGCUGAGGAAAGCUGCGGGCGAUGUGUGUCCUGGCCUUAUGGGGUCUUGGGGUGUGCCCUCGAUCCCUUAAUCGAAAGCUUUUAUGAUGUUUAGUAGAUGUAAGACGGGCGUGCAGUAGUGGUUAUCAAGAAAUGGUCUGAAGCGGUGUAUACAUUACCAGAAUCGACCGUACAGGCAGGUGAGGGACAUUCCCUGAGACACAUGCGUGUUGAAGGGUCGAGACGCGACUGAGUCAAGUGUGCCUGUGUGUUCGAGGUAGCGUGUUGUGGCUGGUGCGAAGUUGGGGCCUUGAUACCCUUGGGUAGCAGGCGGCCUCCCGUACGAAUGCGCCAGCCGUAAGUGCCCUUAAUGUUCGUGAGGACCUGUGGGACGGCGAUUUCAUGACUUGACGGACCAUUAUUUGGAGGCUUUUGCUUCCAUAUUGAUUUGUUCGGCAUGGGUGGUAAGCUGGUGACCCACGCCCGGGAUGAGCAUGGCGGCAUGGUGCUCCGGUACGGGUUUGGAAACCUUAGACGAGGUUGGGCCGCAGUUGCGCUGCUCAUGGGACAACCUGUGCACCCUGCUGAACCGUUGCAGGUGCACCCCUGGCACAGCGCUGCAGGGCUUUAUAGAUGUUUCGCAUACAUGCUGCAUGUAUGACUGCUUUCAUGCUGUACGCGUGUGGCGAGGCAAUAACAAUGACGUGCGGACUGUUUCCCAAUAAUGGCUGUUAGGUGUGUUUUAAACUUCCUAGUAAACCUUUAGAUGUGAAGGCGUUGUACCCUCUUUUAGUAAUGCAUAACUCUUCUUAUCUUGCCAUGGUGGCGUCUUCUUUAAAUCUUGUCUUAACGCUGCCCCCCACGGGGCACAGGCCGGUAUUGUGUACGAUCCUUUCAUUCCUUAUUUGCAACAUGUAAUUGGACGAGGAUUGCG